ACGCUCUUUCGUUCACCCUAUCAGUCAUGGCGUCGUCGGCAAUGGAGCACUACCCCGAAGUUGAUGUCUGGGUCAACACCCUGAUGAACUGCAAGCAACUCUCUGAGGCUGAUGUCAAGAAGCUCUGCGAUAAGGCGCGCGAGGUCCUCAUGGAGGAGUCGAACGUCCAGCCCGUCCGUUGCCCCGUCACUGUCUGUGGCGAUAUUCACGGCCAGUUCCACGACCUCAUGGAACUCUUCAAGAUCGGCGGCAACUGCCCCGAUACCAACUACUUGUUCAUGGGCGACUACGUCGACCGUGGCUACUACUCGGUGGAGACCGUCACCCUGCUGGUGGCUCUCAAGGUCCGCUACAGAAACCGAGUCACCAUCCUGCGUGGCAACCACGAGUCUCGCCAGAUCACCCAGGUCUACGGCUUCUACGACGAGUGCCUGCGCAAGUACGGCAACGCCAACGUCUGGAAAUACUUCACCGACCUCUUUGACUAUCUGCCCUUGACUGCUCUCAUUGAGGAUCAGAUCUUCUGUCUGCACGGCGGUCUGUCGCCCUCGAUCGACACCCUGGACCACAUCCGCUCUCUCGACCGAAUCCAAGAAGUCCCGCACGAGGGUCCCAUGUGCGAUCUUCUGUGGUCCGACCCCGACGACCGCUGCGGUUGGGGCAUUUCUCCUCGUGGCGCUGGAUAUACCUUUGGACAGGACAUUGCCGAGGCCUUCAACCAUAACAACGGUCUGACCCUGAUCUCACGUGCGCAUCAACUUGUCAUGGAGGGAUACAACUGGUCGCAGGAGCGAAACGUCGUCACCAUCUUCAGUGCCCCCAACUACUGCUACCGUUGCGGAAACCAAGCUGCCAUCAUGGAGAUCGACGAGCACCUGAAAUACACAUUCCUCCAAUUCGACCCUGCCCCCAGACGCGGAGAGCCCCACGUUACCCGACGAACGCCCGACUACUUCUUGUAAAGACAUAGACUGGACGCACCGGCACUGUCGAGACACCUUAAUCUGGCUGCAUUGGGACAAGGCGAAAGGCAGAAUGGAGGAACAAGUUUCGCUCAGGAGGCUCCGGCUGUGCUGUACAUUUCAAGGUUGACCUUUCCCCCUCCCCAAUCGGACCCACCACUCUUAACCACUUUCCCUGGCCGGAAUGCAUCCGCUCUUGCCUAUGCACGCCGUUCUGUCGUGGGCCCCUUCGAAUAUCGACCUGCCGUGUGCCCUGAUCGCUUGCAUCGACACCAGCAGUGUGCCUCCAUAUCUCGGGUGCCUUGCGGCACAUGGACGAUGAAGAGUUGAGCAGUAGCGUGUGACUCUUUCUGUUGUUUGGUGCUUUCGGUUGACUGUUGAUUGGCAGCCGCAGGCUCUCCUUGGUUUGGGGAAACGAUUUGCGCUUGUUUGAUAUUAUGCUCUGUUGGUUUUUUAUCUUUCUUUGUUUCUCUUCUCUUCUCUUCUCUUCU